AAAUGUAGCCAACCCCGCUUCUCUCUCCGUCCUGUCUCUGUUGGGUUCUUUCUCUCUUCACUAUGUGAAUAGAACGAAAACAAAAUAUAAAAACUUCUCUCGGGAAUGAUUCUUUAACUAUUCAAAUCAAAUUCCAUCUCAGUGAUCGCCGGUAAUCUGCGUUCCUUUCCGGAUAUUGAUUUUUGAAAUGGACCAACGAGGAUGGCCAUGGAAGAAGAAAUCUUCCGAGAAAGUUGGAACUGAAAAGCAGGUAGUUGUAUCGGAUGGAACCGGUGUUUCUUUGUCUUCCUUAGCAUCUCUCGGAGAGCAGGAAAAAUGUAAGAAGGUAAAUUAUGUUCAAAUAUCCAUGGAGUCAUACGUACAUUUGAGUGGGUUAGAGGAUGACGUUAACAAGUUAAAGGAUGAAGUCAAAUCAUGUGAGGAUGAAGUAAAGGGUUUGAAAGGGAAACUAUCGGAAGCUCAUUCAGAGAUUAAAUCUAAGGAUGCUUUGAUUAGCCAACAUGCUAAAGUUGCUGAGGAAGCUGUUUCAGGAUGGGAAAAGGCAGAUGCCGAAGCUAUUGAGUUGAAACGGCAUCUCGAAAAUCUUACUCUCUUGAAGCUUUCGGUAGAGGAUCGGGCUGCGCAUUUAGAUGGUGCGCUUAAGGAGUGUAUGAGAGAGGUCAGGAGUGUGAAAGAGGAGAGCGAGCAGAAAUUGCAGGAUGUGGUUCUAGCCAAAACUAUACAUUUUGACAGAAUAAAGCUUGGUUUGGAAGCGAAAAUAGCUGAAUUAGAUGAAGGGCUUUUGAGAGCAGCUGCUGAAAACCAAGCGCUUUCGAGGUCAUUGCAUGAGCGGUCGAAUUUGAUAGUUCAGAUUGAGGUAGAAAAAUCUAAAGUGGAAGCUGAAAUAGAACUUAUGAAGACGAACCUUGUGUCACGUGAGAGGGAAAUAAACUCACUCAAGUACGAGCUGCGUAUGGUUUCUAAGGAGCUUGAAAUUCGCAAUGAAGAAAAGAGAAUGAGUAUGAGAUCUGCAGAGGCAGCAAACAAGCAACAUUUAGCAAGUGUCAGCAAAAUUGCUAAACUGGAGGCAGAAUGUCAAAGACUACGCGGCCUAGUUCGUAAGAGAUUGCCAGGGCCAGCUGCAUUGGCCCAAAUGAAGCAAGAAAUGGAUAAUUUUGGUAGAGAUUUUGGUGGACCUCAACUUAAAAGGAAUGUAGUUAAGAAUCCUAACCCGAAUUUGCCUCCACAGAUGGAAUCAUCCGCUGGCAGCUUGCUGCAAUCCCAAAAAGAGAUUGAUUAUCUUACUAUGCGGUUGUUGGAGAUGGAGGAGGAAACAAAGAUGCUUAAAGAAUCUUUGGCCAGUCGCAAUAGUGAACUGCAGGCUGCCAGAGAGACGUGUGCUAAGACAAAUCUCAGGGUUAAGAGCUUAGAAGCACAAGUACAGGCCCUUGAUCAUCGAACAAGCUCCCCAAAGUCGAGCAUUGGGCACCCUGCUGGCGAUCUUUCUAGUCAAUAUGCUAGCAAUGCACCUAGUAUCAUUUCCAUGUAUGAAGAUGGGAUUGAUGUCGAAGAACAUUCGACGAAAUCUUUUCUACCAGCAACCUCCGGUAUCUCUCAUCUGGUAAUGGAGCAGAGUAGUCAUAAAAUUCAUAAGCAAGAGAACUCCAAUUGCUUGGAAUUGAUGGAUGACUUUCUAGAGAUGGAGAAGUUGGCACGUCUGUCAAAUGAUGUUGGUGGAGCUAAUGCUGUUUCUAGCGAUCCAGUUAAUUCUGAUCAAGAGUUUGGUUUUAGUCCAUCAUCAAAGCUGGAAUCUUCAAUUGCAAGAUCCUCAACAACGGGGCUUCAGCAGGAUGUGGAAAAUUCGCCCUUCCAAAAGCUUCAGUCAAUGGUUUUUACAAUUUUUGAAUCUAAAACUAAGGAGAAGAAUUUGGGAAAGGUCUUGGAGGAUAUCAAAGGUGCUAUUCUGGAAGUACAAGGUUCUCUGUCUCAGCACCCAGUCACCUAUAUAUGUGAAGGAGUUCAAUUGGGUCAUGGUCCUUCCGAUCGAAAGGAUGUAUUUGAAGAAAGAUUGAUUUUCUUAGAUGGAGAUGAAGUUACAAAGCAAAAUUUAGCAUCUGCGAUAUCUCAGAUUCAUCAGGUUGUACUAUCAGUAGGUAGAAAAACAAUGAGAGUUCAGGACCCUCGUACCGAUGGCCAUGCGCUAUGUAAAAGAUUAGAUGACUUCUCUGUCUUUGUGGAUAAGUUUGUAUUCGACAAUAAGGGUUUGGUUGACUUCAUCUUAAAGCUUUCUUAUGUUUUAGCUGAAGUAGAUCGACAGAACCUUGGUUUCCUGGGAUUUAGGGAUUAUAAUAGAAAUGCCAGCGAAAAUGAUUGCGUAGACAAGGUUGCUUUGCUAGAGAAUAAGGUUGUACAAGAUAGCCCAUCAAAACAUGCAUGUGCUGGAGGGUGCCAUCUUUGUCAUUCCUGUUCGGACUCGGAUGUGCUUCAUAAUGAAAUCUUGGAUCCAAGUUUUCAACCCAAUGUUCCAUCAUGCUCAUGCUUAUUCAAAGAGUUGGAACAACUGAAAUUGGAUAAAGAAAAAAUGACAGUGGAUCUUACAAGAUGCACUGAAGAUCUUGAUAAUGCAAAGUUGCUGCUUCAGGAGACAGAGAAUAGGGUAACUGAACUGAAGUUACAGUUGGCUUCCUCUCAAAAUCUCCACAGCCUCGCCGAAACUCAGCUGAAAUGUAUGACUGAGUCUUACAAGUCACUAGAAGCGCGUGCACAGGAGUUGGAAGCUGAGAUAAACCUUUUACAAGAAAAAUCAGCGAAGUUAGAUGAUAAACUACAAGAAGAAAAGCGUGGCCAUCAAGAUGCCCUGGCUAGAUGCAAGGAUCUCGAGGACAAAGUUCAGAGGAAUGCAACCUCCUUUCUAUGUCCGUCAUCAACGAUAGAAGAUUCUGAGAUGAAGAUCAACCAGGAAAGAGAUAUAAAAGAUGCAGCACAAAAGCUCGCAGCAUGCCAGGAGACAAUUUACCUUCUCGGGAGGCAGUUGCAGUCUUUGCACACUCAAAGUGACGAGCUGUUGGGUGAAAGUUCAGUAGAAGGCAGAAUAAAUCGUAGCUGUUCAAAGGCACAGGAUAUUUGCUGUACCGAUGACCUUGAACACAUUGAGACGGACAUCAUAGCUUCUGCAGAUGUGCAAUCCGUUAGUGAUGAUUCCUUGCAUUACGGUCAUUCCACAUCAAGUCCCCUGGAUAAUGACACCAAUCUUUCACCGAGGUCUCUAGUGGGCUUGUCUCACCUCAAUCAUACCCGUACGAAGUCUACAUUCUCUGCUUCUACUCUUGAGCAAGAGAAACACUCACUUAGUUUUGGUCGUCUCUUUUCCUUGAAAGGGAAGAACGAGUAGUUGAAUUGUGUUGUCUAGCUUUGUAUAGAUUUCCAGAUUAAUGGGCAUAGCAAUCGGCUAGCCCCAUCUGUCCUAGAUAAUAUUUCCUUCUCUU